AUGAGCAUAAGUGGGAGAAAAGAAACUAAAUUAAUAGUAAUUGGAGAAACAGGAAGUGGUAAAAGUUCGCUUGGUAACUUUAUCUUGAAGAAGAAAGUCAAUAAGUUUAAAGUUGGUGGUGGUUCAGCAUCAGUAACACAAGAAACAAGUGGGGUUUAUGGAGAAGGUGAUAGAAAGAAUGUAUUUGUUAUUGAUACACCUGGUUUUAAUGAUCCUAACGGUAAAGAAAAAGAGAAUGAUAAUGUUAAACAAAUGGUAAAAUAUAUUCAAUCACAAAGUGGAAUAAAAUCCAUUGUUAUCUGUUUAGAUAUUAAUAAUCCUCGACUAUUAAAUAGUACCAAAACAAUGAUUCAUAUUAUACAUGAUAUUUUUCCACUUUAUGAAUUUUGGGAACAUGUUUGUGUUGUAUGGACUAAAUGUUAUUACUACACACCACAAAGCGUGGUUGAUAGAAUGAUUGAAUCUAAAAAGAAAAGCUUUAAAAACGAUUUGUUAAAAUUAGCCGAAGAAACAACUGGAGAUUCAAAUUUUGUUUUACCAAUGUAUUUUGUAGAUUCGUGUCACAGAUGA